AUGUCCACCACAAGACCGUUCCAGUUAAAUCAUGGAUCGUUGGAAUUCACAAUUUUGGUACCAUCUAACGUGUAUCAGAAUUUCAUUCAAUUGAAUCAACAGUUUACCAAGCAUUACUUACCCUUGCCCACCGAAGGAUUUAAUGACUUGGAUGAACCCAGUUCUCCUAUCGAGCUUUUUUCCAAGUUCAUGGGGUUCAUAAACAAAUCUAUUGCCAGAAGCAACAGAAAUUUGACUUUGACCGAUUCCGAAUUAGAAUCUGUGUUGAGUUACUGUGUCAAUGAGUUCAAGUCAAAUAUUAUCAACCAGGACAUCCACUCGUUUGUGCUUAACUUGUUGAAGAAUGACGAGUAUCCAACCACUUUGGACAAAGUCAAGGACAUCAUCAGAAACUACUACCAAAGCAUCAGUUUAAUUUCUACAGAAACCGUUGAAUCCAGGAAUGUGUCGUUGAAAUCCAACUUGUUGAACUGUGAAAGUGCCGAUAUAUUUGCCAUUUUUGGUGGUCAAGGAAACUCCGAUGACUAUUUCGAAGAGUUGAGAGAAUUAUACAAUAUUUAUAACCCCCUCAUCAAAAACUUGAUUUCUGAAAUCAACUCCAGCUUACAGACCUUGUUGAAAAAAGUCGAUAAUGUCGACAAGGUUUACACCCAGGGAUUAGAUAUUAUCCAGUGGUUAGAAAACAAGGAUAAGACUCCUGAUCAAGAUUACCUUUUAAGUGUUCCUGUUAGUUGCCCAUUGAUUUGCCUUAUCCAAUUAUGUCACUACCAAAUUACUUGUAAGAUCUUGGAUAUCCACCCUGGCGAAUUCUUAAGCCAUUUGAAGGGCUCAACCGGUCACUCUCAAGGUUUAGUUACUUCGGUGGCCAUAAGUUGUUCUAACAACUGGGAACAAUUUUUGGGGAACUCUGUCAAAGCCAUUAAUUUAUUAUUUUUCAUUGGUUUAAGAUGCUUAAUAACCUAUCCAAGUACCACUUUACCUCCUUCAAUGUUGCAAGACUCAUUGGAAAAUGGUGAAGGUAGACCAUCUCCUAUGUUAUCGGUUAGAGACUUAUCUGAAGAGCAAGUUGAAAAAUUCAUUGCUCAAACUAAUGCCCAUUUACCAGCAGAUAAGCACAUUUCGAUUUCUUUAGUUAAUGGCCCUAACCAAUUGGUUGUUUCUGGUCCUCCCGAAUCUUUAUAUGGUUUGAAUCUCACCUUGAGAAAUGGAAAGGCUCAACCUGGGUUGGAUCAAUCAAGAAUUCCUCACUCCAAGAGAAAGUUGAAAUUUUCCAACAGAUUCUUACCUAUCUUUGCACCUUUUCAUUCUCAUUUAUUGAAGGAUGCCAACGACUUAAUUAUUGAAGAUUUGAAGUUGAACGAACUCGAAUUUGCAGCAAAAAGCUUGAAAAUUCCUGUUUAUGACACUUUUAAUGGAGAAAACUUUCAAGAUUUCACGGCUUCGACUUCUGUAAGUGAGAGACUUGUGUACUUGAUUACACAAUUGCCCGUGAACUGGGAAGUUGCCACAAACUUCAAAUCUACUCACAUUUUGGACUUUGGUCCAGGUGGUGUUAGUGGAUUGGGUGUAUUGACUCAUAAGAACAAGGAUGGUACUGGUUCAAGAAUAAUCUUGGCAGGUACUUUGGAUUACCAUAUUAACAAGGAAAAUGACGAGUAUGGAUUCAAGCAAGAAUUGUUCAAUUAUGACAAAUUGGCUACUGUCAAAUUUCAAGCCAACUGGAAUGACGAUUUCAAACCAACUUUGAUCAAGAACAAAUCCGGUAAAGUGUUUGUUUCUACGAAGUUCUCGAAACUUUUGUCCAGAGCCCCUCUUAUGGUUCCUGGUAUGACUCCUACCACCAUUAAUCCUGGAUUUGUCAUUGAUACUUUGAAUGCUGGUUAUCAUAUUGAAUUGGGUGGUGGUGGUUACUUCCAUCCAAAGAUGUUACAAGAUGCAUUGGAUGAGAUUAGGGAUAAGAUUGUUCCUGGGUAUGGUAUUUGCAUUAACUUAAUUUAUGUCAACCCAAGACUUUUGCAAUGGGCCAUUCCUUUGAUCAAAGAAUUGAGAGAACAGGGCUACCCAAUCCAGGGUAUUACUAUUGGUGCUGGUGUUCCAUCAUUAGAAAUUGCAAAUGAAUAUAUUUCUGAUUUGAAGCUCACUCAUUUGGGUCUCAAACCAGGUUCUAUUGAUGCCAUCAACCAAGUGGUUAACAUUGCCAAGCACAAUCCUCAUUUCCCAAUCGUAUUGCAAUGGACUGGUGGUAGAGGUGGUGGUCACCAUUCCUUUGAAGAUUUCCAUCAACCAAUUUUACAAAUGUAUUCCAAGAUUAGAAAGUAUUCUAAUAUCAUUUUGGUUGCUGGUUCUGGAUUUGGUUCAGAUGAGGACACUUACCCUUAUUUGACUGGUACUUGGGCUAAUGCUUAUAACUACCCUUCGAUGCCUUUUGAUGGUGUUCUUUUCGGUUCAAGAGUUAUGGUUGCCAAAGAAGCCUUCACUUCUUUGGCCGCUAAGAAGGCUAUUGCCGCUACUUCUGGUGUCCAAGACCAUGAAUGGGAGAGUACUUACAACAAGCCAACUGGUGGUAUUUUGACUGUUACUUCUGAAAUGGGUGAACCAAUUCAUAAAAUUGCUACCAGAGGUGUCAAAUUGUGGAAAGAAUUCGAUGAAACUAUUUUCAACUUACCUAAGAACAAAUUGGUGGAAACUUUAAAAGCUAAGAAGGAUUAUAUCAUCUCAAGAUUGAACAAGGAUUUCCAAAAGGUUUGGUUCGGUAAAAACUCACAAGGUGUUUGUGAUUUGGAAGAGAUGACUUACCAAGAGGUUUCUAAUAGACUUAUUGAACUCAUGUAUGUUUCCAAGUCAAAGAGAUGGAUUGAUGUGACUUUGAGAAAUCUCUGGGGAGACUACCUUAAGAGAGUCGAAGAAAGAUUCGCUAGCAAUGAUGUUGAAUCUUUAAUUCAAAAUUACAACCAAUUGACUGUCAACCCUCAAGCUUUCAGCGAUAAAUUCUUCGAAAGAUUCUCCGCUGGUAAAGAACAAUUGAUCAACGAAGAAGAUUGUGAUUAUUUCCUCAUCUUGUGCACCAGGCCAACUCAAAAACCAUGUCCAUUCGUUCCUGUCUUAGAUGAAAACUUUUCUUUGUAUUUCAAAAAGGAUAGUUUGUGGCAGAGUGAAGAUUUGGAAGCUGUUGUUGACGAAGACGUCGAAAGAACUUGUAUUUUGCAUGGACCUGUUGCUGCUCAAUUUACCAAUAAAGUUGAUGAACCAAUCAAGGAAAUCUUGGAUAACAUCCACGAAGGUCAUAUCAAGAGAUUAUUGAAAGAUUACUACAAUGACGAUGAAUCCUUGAUUCCUACCGUGGAAUACUUUGGUGGUGACAUAAAGAACACGUCUGCUGAUUCUUUACCUUCGUCUCUCAAAAUUGAGGUGGCUGGUUCUAAGAAGACCAUCACUAUUGGUGAAGGGGCUUUACCUGAAUUGAGUUCUUGGAUUGACUUAUUGGCUGGAGAAAAAUUAAACUGGCUUCACGCCUUCAUCAAGAGUCAAAGAAUUGUCCAGGGCAGUAGCUACAUGGAUAACUCGGCUCACUCGGUUUUGUCUCCUGUUAAUAACAUGAUUAUCGAGAUUGACAACUUCGAAUCAAACACUGAUCAAGUUUUGACCAGCUAUGAGAAAGUUUCUGGUGACUAUAAACCUGUUGUAAAGAUAUCCUUCAACAAGAAGAAGGAGCUUAUUGAAUACAGAUUAGUUGAACAUAGAACUGCCGACUCCACUCCAGUUGAGCUUCCUUUCUUAUUUAGAUACGAGCCUAACGAUGGGUUUGCUCCAAUCCUAGAAGUUAUGGAGGACAGAAACAUCAGAAUAAAGGAAUUCUACUGGAAGUUAUGGUAUGGAUCUAACUCACCUGUGAACUUGGACAUUGAUGUUUCAAAGAUUAUCGAAGGUGAAGAAAUCACUAUUAAUGCCCAAGAUAUUAGCGAAUUUACUCACGCUAUCGGUAACAAGCUGGAAGCUUUUGUUUCAAGAAACGGAAAGGAGAGCUACGCGCCAAUGGAUUUUGCUAUUGUUAUCGGUUGGAAGGCUAUCAUAAACGCUAUCUUCCCUAGAACUGUUGAUGGUGAUUUGUUGAAACUUGUUCAUUUAUCUAAUGGUUACAAGAUGAUCCCUGGUGCCAAGUUGUUGAAGAAUGGUGACAAGGUAGCCUCUAAGGCUGAAAUCAAAUCAGUCUUGAACCAAGCCAGUGGAAAGAUGGUUGAAGUCAUUGGUACUAUCUACAGAGAAAACAAGCCAGUAAUGGAAGUUACUUCUCAAUUCUUGUACCGCGGAGACUACAAAGACUUUGAGAACACCUUCAGCAAGAUCACUGAAACACCUUACGAAAUCAAGAUCAAUAACUCUAAGGAUUUAGCCAUUUUGAAAUCAAAAGAGUGGUUCGAAUUGGAGAAGGAUAUCGACUUGUUGAACAAGACUUUGACGUUCAGAUUGGAAUCGGUUUACAAAUACAAGUCUACUGAAAUCUUUUCUUCUAUUCACACUUCUGGUAAGGUCUACUAUGAAUUACCUACCAAGGAAGUGGUUGAAGUCGCUAGUGUUAACUAUGAAGCUGGUAGAUCAUACGGUAACCCAGUUAUCGACUACUUGUCAAGAAAUGGAAGUACCAUCGAGCAAGCUGUUAUAUUUGAGAACUCAAUUCCUUUGUCUUCUAACGAAGAAUUAACUUCGAAGGCUCCAACUACAAAUGAACCUUAUGCUAAAGUAUCUGGUGACUACAAUCCAAUUCAUGUUUCCAGAGUGUUUGCUAACUACGCUGGCUUACCUGGUACAAUUACUCACGGUAUGUACUCUUCUGGUUCUAUCAGAUCAUUGGUUGAAGAAUGGGCUGCAAACUCUGUUGCCGAAAGAGUAAGAGCCUUCAAAUGUAACUUUCUUGGUAUGGUUCUUCCAAAUGAUGUUUUGCAAACUACUUUGGAGCACAUUGGUAUGAUCAAUGGUAGAAAGAUUAUCAAGAUUCAAACCAAGAAUAUUGAAACUGAGACUGUGGUAUUGGAUGGUGAAGCAGAAAUUGAACAACCAAUUACUACCUAUGUGUUCACUGGUCAAGGUUCUCAAGAACAAGGUAUGGGUAUGGACUUGUACGAGAAGUCAGCUGUCGCCAAAGAUGUUUGGGACAGAGCUGAUUUGCACUUCAUCAACAACUAUGGUUUCUCUAUUUUGGACAUUGUUAAGAAUAAUCCAAAUGAAUUGACUAUCCACUUCAACGGUAAGAAGGGUAGAAAAAUCAGAGAAAACUAUAUUACUAUGAUGUUCGAAACUAUUGCUGAAAAUGGUGAAAUCAAAUCUGAAAAGAUCUUCAAGGAAAUCGACAACACUACCACCAAACACACCUUCGUGUCUCCAACUGGUUUACUUUCUGCCACUCAGUUUACUCAACCGGCUUUGACCUUGAUGGAAAAGGCCAGUUAUGAAGACAUCAAGGCAAAGGGAUUGGUACCAUCCGAUGCUAUGUUUGCUGGUCACUCUUUGGGUGAAUAUUCUGCUUUAUCUUCUUUGGCCAACGUUAUGCCUAUUGAAUCUUUGGUUGAUGUUGUUUUCUACAGAGGUAUGACUAUGCAAGUUGCAGUCCCAAGAGAUGAAACUGGUAGAUCUAAUUAUGGUAUGUGUGCUGUCAACCCUACUAGAGUUGGACCAACUUUCAACGAUGCUGCCUUGAGGUUUGUUGUUGACGAAGUUUCUGCUCGGACUGGUUGGUUAUUGGAGAUUGUUAACUACAAUGUUGAAAACACUCAAUACGUUACUGCUGGUGACUUGAGAGCUUUAGACACAUUAACGAAUGUUUUGAAUGUCAUUAAACUUAACAAGAUUGACUUGGUUAAGUUGCAAGCUCAAAUGUCUCUUGAUAAGGUCAAGGAGCAUUUGAAUGAAAUCAUCAAAGAAGUUAGCACUAAGUCUUUGGCUAAACCACAACCAAUUGAUUUGGAAAGAGGAUUUGCUGUUAUUCCAUUGAAGGGUAUUUCUGUUCCUUUCCAUUCUUCUUACUUGAUGUCUGGUGUUAAACCAUUCCAGAGAUUCUUGAACAAGAAAAUUCCAAAAUCUUCCGUCAAACCAAAAGAUUUGAUCAACAAGUAUAUUCCUAAUUUGACUGCCAAGCCAUUUGAAAUUACCAAGGAAUACUUUGAAGAGGUUUAUCAAUUAACCAAAUCCGAAAAAUUGAAGUCAAUUAUUGAGAACUGGGAGUCUUACGAGUCUGCCUAA